GAGAUCCUUUGCGCGUCAAAAAAGGAUUCGGCUGCUGGACCAUGAGUGUCACAAUGUCAUCGAACCCUUCCACGGUUAAUCACCGGAGGACGUUGGGCUUUGCCGACCUCCCACUAGAGGUGCGCAACAGGAUAUAUGCUAUUUGCGCAUACGACAAGGACCGUCUUGUGGAGAAGGAAGUCAGUCGGCGCAAUGCAGCCACCACAAGUGACGCUUUCUGGGAGGUCCGUGGCUACUACAGCCUGACACAGGCCUCUCGCCAGACGCGCAAGGAGUUUCGCCCACUGUACCUGAAGGAUCGCGCCAUCUCCGUACACAUCCGUGAUGCGGAAGACUACCUGGAAGCCAUCUAUCCUACCUUUGGUCACUUUGCCAUUGCUCGUGAUGCCAUCUCCAUCUGGCUCACCAUCCGCACCGAAGUGGAGCGCCGCGGCAAAUAUGACACGCCUAUCGAAAUUCGACCGCUUCUACUCAGACUCUUCAACACCCCCGGGCUGGACUUUGAAUUCUUUGGAAAAGGCGGCAGUGUCUUCAAUGAGCUGUUUCUUGGCUACGAAUCCGAGUGGAGAGCGGCAGUCAACAACGAGCUGAAGAGCGUCGAGUUGAAGGAGCCAAGUCUGUUCGGCAUGAAGCUGGUCCUGGACCCAAAAUGCCCGACUUACUGGAUCAAGCAAUGCGCCAUAUCUGUCACCAGGCUACCGCAUGUGCCAGAGGAAGCGCUUGAGUGGUUUAGUUCACUGGGGCUUGAUACGGAAAACGACAUGAUCUUUGUCAGACGGGGUGCACCAAAGUGGCUCCGUGGCGACUUUAUGAGGGCAUCGAAAUAAUGUACGUGAUACUUGAUGCCUAUUAAAAUGGCUAGUUUUUCCUUGAAUCAAAAGGAGCAAUGGGAGAAACAUACUCAUGUUUGAACCAACGGCUAGUGCAAACGCACGUGACGCUGAUGUCAUGCACGUGACGCGACAG